AUGGCGGAUACUAUCGCAAAGAAUGAACACGGCGAAAUUGAGCAGACAACAUCCGUGGCCGACGGAGACAUUGCGGCGAUUCAUCUGUCCAAGGCUCCUGUCAAAGCCAACAUUGGUCCCCUUUCCAUCGUGGCGCUCGGGUUCAACAUUUGUAACAGCUGGGCCGGUCUCUCAGCAUCUCUCCAGAUCGCCCUCUUGCAAGGCGGCCCCGCUGGGCUUCUGUAUGGCAUGUUCGUCAGCACCUUUGCCACAUUUGCGGACGCCUUAACGCUCGCGGAGCUGGCUUCGGUCUAUCCGACUGCCGGCGGCCAAUACCACUUCGUGUCGAUCCUCUGUCCGGACAAGAUAAACUUGUUCACGUCAUACUUCUGUGGAAUCUUCAGCAUUUUCAGCUGGAUCGCCAUCGGGUCUGCAGUCCUGAUCAUCCCAGCCGAGCAAAUCAGUGCAUUGGCAAGCGCGCACUACCCGGAGUACGAACCGCAAGACUGGCAUAAGUUCCUCAUGUACCAGGCAAUGCUGCUGCUUGUCUUGGUCUCCAAUACUUUUGUCCUGAAGCGGUCGCCGAGAUUUCAUGAUGUUGGAUUCGCGUUCACAAUUACGCUGUUUUUUGCCACGGCCAUCACACUGCUGGCCCGGUCUACCCCUAAAGCGUCCAGCACAUUUGUCUGGACAUCUUUUAUCAACCAGACUGGCUGGAGCGACGGGUUAUGUUUCUUCAGUGGCCUGUUGACAACCUGUUUUCAGUAUGCAGGACUGGAUGGUGCUCUGCAUCUUGCUGAAGAGUGUAAGGAUCCGCAGAAGACAGUGCCCAGAGCCAUGAUCGCCGCAGUCACCAUUGGAUUCUGCACCGCAUUUCCCUUUGCCAUCAUCGUGCUUUAUAGCGUGGCAGACAUUGAUGCGAUCCUCAAUACAACCGGAUACCUGACACUCGAAGUCUACACGCAGGGCAUGCGCUCUCAAGCUGCUGCCACUGUUUUCACAGCAGUUGGAGUUCUGAUCGCAUGGUUCGUCUUGAAUGCCGUACUGCAGACCUCAUCCAGAAUUACGUGGUCGUUUGCGAGAGACAACGCGCUUACGUUCUCGAAACACCUGGUGAAAAUCCACCCCAAACUCGAGGUGCCUGUCUUCUCGUUGCUUCUGAACUACGCAAUCUUGGUUGUCUGCGGGUGCAUCUUUCUCGCAUCACGGACUGCAUUCAACGCAAUCCUGAGCUCUUGCGUGGUUCUGCAACAGAUCUCCUUCAUCAUGCCGGCGGCGCUGCUUAUCUACCGCCGUCGGUCCUCUGCAUUCCUCCCUGAGAAUCGAGCCUUCCGCCUUCCGUCCAUUGUGGGCUGGACCGCAAAUAUCGUAGUUGUGGUGCUCGGUCUCAUCUUUACCGUCGUUUUCUGUAUCCCACCGUUUAGGCCAGUUACCCCGAGCUCUAUGAAUUACUCGUCCGUGAUGAUUGGUAUCGCUUUUUUUCUAGUGCUGAUCAACUGGUUUGUGCACGGAAAGAAACACUACCACGGUCCGCGCAUCGAGUUUCAUGGUCCCACGCAUCACAUUCAAAGGUAG